GCACCUUAGAUGAUCCCCGGGAUCUUGGGAAUGGUAUAAAAGCUCUCCCAGCCCAGGGCUCUUCACUUCGCCUUCCUUGCUUCAACCACCUCCGUGAGAAAGUGUCUGUUGACCUCCAAUCCCUGCAAAAUGUCCUGCUACGACCUGUACCCCUCCUCUGCCUGCGGCGUCCUUCGGCCCCAGCCCCUGGCUGACACCGGGAAUGAGCCGUGCGUGCGCCAGUGCCCCGACUCCACCACCGUCAUCCAGCCUCCCGCCGUGGUGGUCACCUUCCCCGGCCCCAUCCUCAGCUCCUUCCCGCAGGAUUCCGUGGUGGGAUCUGCUGGAGCGCCCGUCCUUGGAGCCUCAGGGUCCUCCCUGGGCUACGGGGGCCUGUGGGGCUAUGGGGGCUAUGGCUCUGGGGGUUAUGGUGGUCUCUAUGGAUAUGGGGGCUAUGGAUCCCUGGGCUAUGGGGGUCUGUGGGGCUAUGGGGGUUCCUCCCUGGGCUAUGGGGGUCUGUGGGGCUGUGGGGGUUACCGGGGCCUGUACGGCUCUGGCAGAGCCUUUGGCUCUGGCUAUUGCAGCCCCUACUCCUCCUGGUACGGCCGCUACGGCCGCGGCUUCUGGGGGUCCUGCUAAACCCUGCGGAAAACCCUCUAGGUGACGUAGAAGGGCAAAGCAAAACACAGAUUCUUCUUGCCUUUAAAUUCUUCCCUGAUACCUCCAUGGGUUUAAUUCCUUUUUAUCUCCUGCUUUAUCACCCCUGUGACUGAAUGCGGUGACAGACUGAAGUGCCUUUCAAGCUCUGCCGUCUUGCAUUUACAAUCUCGAUGUUACAAUGUUGUUUGUGUUCUUUUCAUUCUCAUUAAAACUCUGUUGCAUCACUGAAAA